GCGAGAUCGACGCCUGCUCAUAGUAAGCGUAGACCUUCAGUAGAAGAAAACCGGGCUGUUGCCGUGAGCCAGAGAGUAGAGCCGGAGAAGAAAGGAGAGAAAAGACAAGAGUGAAAUGAUUUAAACGCUGAGAGACAGAGAGAGGGGACAACAGAGAGGAGGCGUAAGAGAGUCAGGAGGAAUAUUUGACUCUGUGUGAUUUUUGUUCCAGUCAGGAAACUCCCGCUUUUCAUGCCCAUGUCCUCACGGAGGUCUGAGCCCAUAAUAACGGACUUAGUGGUCGGCUGAACCAUGCAGAGGCUGCUGCUGCUGCUCAGUUUGCUGCUGCUCACUUUUCAAACUGUGUGGACAGCGAGGUUCUCUCAGGAGCCAGCAGACCAGUCGGUGGUGCGGGGCCAGAGGGUGAUCCUCUCCUGUGUUGUCUUCAACUACUCGGGCAUCGUUCAGUGGACCAAAGAUGGCCUCGCUUUGGGCAUCGGAGAAGACCUACGGGCCUGGCCCAGGUACAGAGUCUUACGUGUGCAGGACCUGGGACAGUACAACCUGGAGAUUCUGUCGGCAGAUCUGUCCGAUGACUCCCUGUACGAGUGCCAGGCCCCUGAUGCUGCGCUGAGGUCCAGAAGGGCUAAACUCACCGUCCUCAUCCCCCCGGACGACCCUGUGAUCGACGGCGGUCCGGAGGUGCUGCUGAACGCCGGCGAGUCCUACAACCUGAGCUGCGUGUCUCGAGGAGCCAAGCCGCCUUCUACCAUCGAGUGGCUCAAAGAUGGUCUGCCUGUGGAGGGCGCUGUCAGUAUCACUGAGGUGCUUCCGGACAGGAAGAGAGUGACCACGCGUAGCUUCCUGCCCAUCCACCCGGUGGACACUGACACAGGAAGGAACUACAGCUGUACGACCACAAACCUGGCCAUUCCCAUUGGCAAAAUGACGACCGUCACCCUCAACGUUCACCAUGCACCGACUGUGACCUUGUCCAUUGAGCCCCGCUCGGUCCAGGAGGGGGAACGAGUCACUUUCACCUGUCAGGCUCACGCCAACCCUCCCAUCAUGGGAUACAGGUGGGCUAAGGGUGGCGUGGUGCUGCAGGGUGCCCGCGAGAGUGUGUUCACCACCAAGGCGGACCACUCCUUCUUCACUGAGCCAGUCUCCUGUCUGGUGUUCAACGCUGUCGGAAAGACCAACGUCAGCAUCCUGGUUGAUGUUCAGUUUGGUCCGUUCCUAUUGGUGGAGCCGCAGCCGAAAACUGUCGACGUCGACUCUGACGUCACGCUCAACUGCAAAUGGGCGGGAAACCCUCCGCUGACUCUCACCUGGUUCAAAAAGGGCUCAAACAUGGUCCUGAGUAACAGCAACCAGCUGUACUUGAAGUCAGUGAGCCAGGCCGAUGCCGGCCAGUAUGUUUGUAAGGCCAUCGUCCCACGGAUCGGAGUAGGCGAGACGGAGGUCACGCUCACCGUCAAUGGUCCUCCUAUCAUCUCCAGUGAUUCAGUCCAGUACGCAGUGAGGGGGGAGAGAGGAGAGGUGAAGUGCUUCAUAGCCAGUACACCUCCGCCCGAUAAGAUUGUAUGGGCCUGGAAGGAGAACGUGUGGGAGAAGGAGAAGGGAACACUUCUGGAGCGCUACACAGUGGAGCAGAGCAAGUCAUCGGCCGAGGGCGGAGGCGUCCUCUCCACCCUCACCAUCAACAACGUGAUGGAGUCCGACUUUCUGUCCACUUACAACUGCACGGCCUGGAAUGCUUUCGGCCCCGGCACUAUGAUCAUCUCGCUGGAGGAGAAUGAUGACGUUCCAGUGGGAUUAAUCGCCGUUGGAACUGUGGGCUCCACCAUUCUCCUCUUCAUCUUUCUGCUGAUCCUUGUUCUUAUCUUCUACCGGCAGCGCAAAGGCAGUCGGCGCGGGGUCACGCUGGGUAAGCCCGACAUCAAGGUGGAGACGAUAAACAAGGAGACCCACAGCUUAGAGGAGGACUCCGGCAGCGUGUCCACGGCUUCUCGCAUGGUCAAGGCCAUGUACUCGUUUCUCCCCUCUGUGUCCUUCUCUCCCUCCAAUCAGCCUUUCAAAGAUGACAUAGAGCUGAAGUCUGACCUCCGCAGUGACACCCUGGACACCCGCCAAGAGUAUGACCUAAAGGAUCCUACCAAUGGCUACUAUAACGUGCGAGCCUCCACCCAUGACGAAGGCCGCCCUGCCUCCCGAUCCACCAUGCAUUAUUCUGACUACCGCUCCCCUGCCGGAACACCAGGGGGAGCGGCAUCCAUUAGCAGCAGUGCCGGUGGCUCAGGAGCCACGGCCAGUGGUGGAGCCCCCGGCCCCCCUGGGCCCUUAACCUCACCCGGCCGACCCCAGGCCUGCUAUGACCCGAGACCGCCGUCCAGACUAUCCCACAUCAGCUACGCCCAGUUCAACACCUUCACCCGAGGGGCCCAAAGCCAGCAGCCCCCUGCUAAUCCUGCCCCAGCAACCAGCGAGUUCCCCGGAGACUGCAGCCUCCUGGACUCCACCUCCCAGGUGGCCUACGACAACUACGGAUACCCCUCUCAUUACCAGACCUACCGCAUGGGUUUUGCCCCGUCCAGCCUGGCUCCCCUGGAGGCUGGGCCGUCCUACGAGAUGUACGGGGUGGGUUCUGGGGUAGGGCCGGCUGCAGUCGGUCCCGGGGGCCCAGCUCCCUCGGGAUCAGAGACUGGACUGGGGAAGUACGGCAGCUCCACUCGUUUCUCCUACACCUCGCAGCACUCCGACUACUCCCACAGCCGACACACACAAAGGAUGCAGACUCACGUGUGAGACGAAGACAAAUGACCACCUCACAGUCUUAGCUGAGCACGAGGAAACAUUUUAUAAAUAGUGUCACACCUCCAAACACACACAGUCACAGAUUUACACCAGUACUUUCACACGGUAUCACUCACUUCUGAACACACACACACACACAGCUACAGAACACGAAACGAAAUAACCACAUUUAUACUCAUGCACAGAGUCAGAAGACCAUACCCGUGAGACAGGGAGGGUACGAGAAACACAGGAACAGAGAGGGGAGAAAAGAAGCCAGGGGAGGAAAAAAGAGGUUCUAGUGAGACAGGGAAGGGAAAUUCCACACAGUUUUUAUUUCCCUCACUCCCAAUGUUUUUGUAAAUCUGAGCUCUCAAAGAGCGGACAGCGCAAGUCACAAUCAAGACCAGGGAAUAGGGAAGGAACGGGGGAGAAGACAGAGGGAGGAUCACAGAUCUUUGGAGCCCGUAGCCUCUGCUAUGAAUGGACUUUGUAAAUGAUGAGUAGGAACGUCUAAAGGAAAACUGACUGACUGUUAAAAGACAGCUGAGAUAAAAAACCUCAAGCAGUGGAAGUCAUUACUGGCCGCCAUUCUUUUUUAUUAUUGUUUUUGUUUUGCUGUCCUAUCG